GUGAGGACCCGGGAGUCUCUGGAAAUCCAAGAUGGCGACGGCGGCCGCAGCCUCGGCUUCUGAAGCGGAGCCUGAGCCCAAGGCCGGGCCCGAGGCCGAGGGAGAGGAGGAUGAGGCCAAGGCGGCUCGGGCGAGGAGGAAGGUGUUAUCGCGGGCCGUGGCCGCCGCGACGUACAAGACCACGGGGCCAGAGUGGGACCAGCAGGAGGAAGGCGUGAGUGAGAGCGAUGGAGAUGAGGAGUACGCCAUGGCUUCCUCGGCGGAGAGCUCCCCCGGGGAGUACGAGUGGGGGUACGACGAAGAGGAGAAGAACCAGCUGGAGAUAGAGCGGCUAGAGGAGCAGCUGUCUAUCAAUGUCUAUGACUACAACUGCCAUGUGGACCUGAUCCGGUUGCUCCGGCUGGAAGGGGAGCUGACCAAAGUGAGGAUGGCGCGCCAGAAGAUGAGCGAGAUCUUCCCUUUGACCGAAGAGCUCUGGCUGGAGUGGCUGCACGAUGAGAUCAGCAUGGCCAUGGACGGCCUGGACCGGGAGCACGUGUACGACCUCUUCGAGAGAGCGGUGAAGGAUUAUAUCUGUCCUAACAUUUGGCUAGAGUACGGGCAGUACUCAGUCGGCGGGAUUGGUCAGAAAGGCGGCCUCGAGAAAGUCCGCUCUGUGUUUGAGAGGGCCCUCUCGUCCGUCGGCUUACAUAUGACCAAGGGACUUGCCAUCUGGGAGGCAUACCGGGAGUUUGAAAGCGCCAUCGUGGAAGCCGCCCGGCCCAUGGCUGGCUUCCUUUCCCCUUCUGACUGGGAACAAACCUUUGAUUCACAGCUGGAGAAAGUCCACAGUCUCUUCCGGCGGCAGCUGGCGAUCCCACUCUACGACAUGGAAGCAACGUUUGCAGAGUAUGAGGAAUGGUCCGAAGACCCAAUUCCAGAGUCGGUAAUUCAGAGCUACAACAAAGCACUGCAGCAGCUGGAGAAAUACAAACCCCAUGAGGAAGCCCUGCUGCAAGCUGAAGCGCCCAGGCUGGCCGAGUAUCAAGCAUACAUCGAUUUUGAGAUGAAAAUUGGCGACCCCGCCCGCAUUCAGUUGAUCUUUGAGCGCGCCCUGGUUGAGAACUGCCUUGUUCCAGACUUAUGGAUCCGUUACAGUCAGUACCUAGAUCGGCAGCUGAAAGUAAAGGAUUUGGUUUUGUCUGUACACAGUCGCGCUGUUAGAAACUGCCCGUGGACGGUUGCCCUGUGGAGUCGAUACCUCCUGGCCAUGGAAAGACAUGGAGUUGAACACCGAGUGAUUUCGGUGACCUUUGAGAAAGCUCUCAGCGCUGGCUUCAUUCAGGCCACCGACUAUGUGGAGAUUUGGCAGGCAUACCUUGAUUACCUGAGGAGAAGGGUUGACUUCAAACAAGACUCGAGUAAAGAGCUGGAGGAGCUGCGGUCCGCGUUUGCCCGCGCCCUGGAGUACCUGAAGCAGGAGGUGGAGGAGCGUUUCAAUGAAAGUGGAGAUCCAAGCUGCCUGAUCAUGCAGAACUGGGCUCGGAUUGAGGCUCGACUCUGCAACAACAUGCAGAAAGCGCGGGAGCUCUGGGACAGCAUCAUGACCAGAGGGAACGCCAAGUUCGCCAACAUGUGGCUUGAGUAUUACAACCUGGAGAGGGCCCACGGCGACACGCAGCACUGCAGGAAGGCUCUGCACCGGGCCGUCCAGUGCACCAGCGACUACCCGGAGCACGUCUGCGAGGUGCUGCUCACCAUGGAGCGGACGGAAGGUACUCUAGAAGACUGGGACAUAGCUGUUCAGAAAACCGAAACUCGACUAGCUCGAGUUAAUGAGCAGAGAAUUAAGGCUGCGGAGAAGGAAGCAGCCCUGGCCCAGCAAGAGGAAGAAAAGGUUGAGCAACGGAAGAGGGCCCGGGCCGAGAAGAAAGCGUUGAAGAAGAAGAAAAAGACCAGAGGGGCGGACAAGCACAGAGCCGACGAGGACGAUGAAAAGGAAUGGGGCGAUGAUGAGGAAGAGCAGCCCUCCAAGCGCAGGAGGGUGGAGAAUAGCGUUCUUCCUGCUGGGGAAGCGGAGCCCGGCUCAGAAGCUGAUCUUUCUGGGAGCAUCGCCCCCGCGGCUGCAGAGCCCCCUUCGGAGCCAAAGGAGGUGCGGGUGGGCGCCCGGCGGAGGGAUGUGCCCAAGGUGCCGCAUGACAGCAGCAAGGACGGCGUCACCGUCUUCGUCAGCAACCUGCCCUACGGGCUGGGGGAGCCAGCCGCCACGCUCCGGCCGCUCUUCGAGGCCUGCGGGGACGUGGUCGAGGUGCGCCCCAUCUUCAGUAACCGUGGCGACUUCCGCGGCUACUGCUACGUGGAGUUCAGAGAGGAGGCGGCGGCCCUGCAGGCGCUGCAGCUGGACCGCCAGAGCGUCGAGGGCCGGCCCAUGUUCGUCUCCCCCUGUGUGGACAAGAGCAAAAACCCCGACUUCAAGGUGUUCAGGUACAGCACUGCCCUGGAGAAACACAAGCUGUUCGUGUCGGGCCUACCCUUCUCCUGCACCAAAGAGGAACUCGAGGAGAUCUGUAAGGCCCACGGCACCGUGAAGGACAUCCGGCUGGUCACCAACCGGGCCGGCAAACCCAAGGGCCUGGCCUACGUGGAGUACGAGAAUGAAUCCCAGGCGUCGCAGGCCGUCCUGAAGAUGGACGGCAUGACCAUCAGAGAGAACGUCAUCAAGGUGGCCAUCAGCAACCCGCCACAGAGGAAGGUUCCGGAGAAGCCGGAGGCGAGGAAGGCCCCUGGGAGUGCCCUACUGCCGCGGCAGGUCUACGGGGCGCGGGGGAAGGGGAGGACCCAGCUCUCUCUGCUGCCUCGCGCCCUGCAGCGCCCCAGCGCCACCACCGCCCAGGCUGAGAACGGCCCCGCCACCCUGCCAGCAGGCACCACCCCGGCCACCAGCGAGGCUCCCAAGAUGUCCAAUGCCGACUUCGCCAAGUUGCUUCUGAGAAAGUGAGUGGGACAGUGCGAGAAGGGAAAUGCCUUACUUCACGCUGGCCGGGAAGAUGCCCGGUGCCCAGCGGGGCCCUGACCGUGCAGGGGCGCAGCCACACGCUUCCUCUGGUUUAGGCAGGACUGGGAAAGGGUGUCUAAGGAAAGUUGUGAGUGCUCCCUCAUAUUGAGGGCAAGAGGAUGAAAACCAUCACUCCACAGGCUGGGUGCAGGGUGUAGUUUCCUGAGAUACUUGUGUGUCUUGAAAGAGUUGAGAAACAAGUGAAACUCGCACACACUGUUCUGAGGCCCACCUGUCCAGUAUUUUUGGCCAACUCUGGUCCCUUUUUAUAGGACACUUCCUACACCCUGCACAGCACAUGUGCCCGUCACUCUUUUAAUUUUUAAAAGACAAAAUGGCAGAUGCUAGUAAUUCACCAGAAUGGCCUAUUUUAGUAAAGGGGUGGGGAGGGGACGUCACUUAAAAAUCUGAUAGAGUUUUGUUCACGGGGCUGUGCGUUUUUAUAUUAUGUAUUUGUAAAUGACUUGUCAACCCAUUGUUUUGUUUCCUCAAAGCAAAAUAUUUGUGACAUUUGUUUUGUGUAGGAACUUUGUGCGCCAUCUGCUAUGGACCAUUUUCUUUGCCUAGUGACUAGUGAACUGUGUUCUUUGUCUAAACACUGAGUUUCAGCCCUUUGGUUUUGUUUAAACACCAUGUCAAGUGCAAACUUAAAUUCUCUCCAUUUAGCUUUGUUUAUUAAACUGAAGUUCUCUUAAAAACUUCUUGCAGAAAGGUA